GUGAAUAUCGAUAAACGUCGUGUUAACCGACUUUAUUUGGCAUCUAUCACAGGGCUAUCUUAAAGCUUUAAGUGAUGAUGUGGACGCAGCUGCGUCAUCCGCGUAUUUUGCCGCUCUUAGGCGUCAAUGAGGACCUUUCGGCACCGAGAUUUGAUUUGAUAUCCCCCCUGGAUGCGUCAAGGUAACAUCAUCGAGUAUCUGCAACGAAAUCCUGAGGAUGAACCUACACGACUGGACUUCAUCAUCGAGAUUGCAGAUGCGAUACAAUGGCUUCAUGAUCUUCAGCCACCGGUGGUUCAUACCGACAUAAAAGGGCUAAAGUUUUUGAUCAGUAACUUCAGACACUGCUAUCUUGCCGAUUUUGGACUUUCCUUUAUUGUUGGGAACCACAAUCCUCAAAGUUCCUCCUCACUUCGGCAAGGAACAAUGUAUUGGCUGGUGCCCGAGUACCUGUCCACUUCUUCAACCGUUGAUGCCUAUCUUCUUGCCCAGGAUAUAUGUGCUUUUGGUUGUACGAUUGUCGAGGUAAGCAUCUAAUAUCUAUCUGUUUAUAAUUCUACUUUACUCAGCUCGGCGGUUCUAUUUUUUUCCCCUUGUCGCUGGCUCUUCGACCUUUUCUAUGAAUUCUCCCGACAUACUGCGGCCCGAGGGUCCUUCCGCUGACUGGCUAAGGUCUUCCUGAGAGUUACUGUUCUUCUAUAAACAAAUGAAUCGAGGUCCGAAGAAAGGCAACACAUUCGAGACCAAGUCCGAC